AUGUUUCUAACAAAGCCUUUCAUAUCAUCUUCAUCUCUAUCUUCAUCUUCACAUCGGGAUCUACUGGAGGAUAUCUCACCUCGGCGAUGUACAAUAUGCAAUGAAGAUAUCGGGUCCUCGAGCUGCGAUGGUGAAGUCGAAAGUGCGUUUAUGCUUCCCUGCUCGCAUGUCUUCGGUUCUACAUGUAUUCUGCGAUGGCUCGAAACCGAUUCGCCGCAUCAAAAUUGUCCGCAGUGUAGGAGGAAAAUGGUGUAUACGGAAUGUGGACACUUGAUAAGACCGUGUGAGGUGACGGGCGCUCCAAAGUCUGUGAAGGAGGAGGAUAUGCCUAAAAGGUGUUUGGGGUGUAGAGGACUCGAGGGCGAACUAAAGAUGGAGGUGGAGAUGCUAUUGAAGCGGGCCGAGGCGGAACAGAGGGCUUUGAGAGCGAUGAAGUUGCAUUUCCCGGGGGUUUGGGGGGAGAUGUGUAGGGAGACCGUGCGGACUGUGGGGAAGAGAGUGGAGGAGUCGGAGGACGUGUUAAAACGAGAUAUCGAAGAGCUCUGCAGGAGAUAUGAGGAGAAUGGUAAUAGGGAGCAAUGGUGA